ACACCUUUCUAUUAAAAAAAAAAAAAACUCCCGCUAACAAACCAUUUAGGGAGUAAAUUAGGGUUUUGGCGUCCAGAAAAUAUUCGCAGAUUAAGAAGAAGAGGAAGAAGAAGACGAAAGAUGAGUAGAAGCUUGGGAAUUCCGGUGAAAUUGAUGCACGAAUCCACAGGUCAUGUGGUUACUGUUGAGCUCAAAAGCGGUGAGCUUUAUCGAGGUACCAUGAUUGAGUGUGAAGAUAACUGGAACUGUCAACUUGAUACCAUUACUUUCACUGCUAGGGAUGGAAAGGUCUCCCAACUUGAGCAUGUAUUCAUUCGAGGCAGCAGAGUCAGGUUUAUGAUUAUACCAGAUAUGCUGAAGAAUGCUCCAAUGUUUAAACGUCUAGAUGCCAGAAUUAAGGGCAAGAGCACAUCACUUGGAGUUGGCCGUGGUCGUGCUGUAGCAAUGCGGGCAAAGGCACAGGCUACUGGCCGUGGUACUGCUGGAAGGGGAGUUGUGCCACCAGUACGAAGGUAAAAAUCUGUUGGAUAGCAGGUCCAACUAGUCAACGCUCAGAGUCUUGCUGCUUCAGUGUAAUUAAAUGAGGAUUUUGGUGUUCAGGCUGAAAUUUCUGUUUUGUAUCUGAGUAUACACCUGAACCUUAGAUGUAAUCUGACUUCAGAAUGGCAAUAUCUAGCAUAUUUGUUCUCAACAUUCUGAAAGUGUUUUCAUUUUUCUCGAAUAGUUUAAUAUUCAUAGAUGAAGGUUUCACUUGAGACAUCUGUCCCACUUUUGUGUACCUCAUUUUGAGCUAGUGUGCAACUCUUUCUAUUGAUUCAUGCCGAAGGAUUUUCAUUUC